GCAGUUCAAAAGGGCUACCUGCAGCUUUGACCGGUUCAAAACAGGUGAGGCAGAAUCGGGAGAUGAGGAGGCUCAGGUACAGGGCAGGAGGCUCCUUCCUGGGAUCCAACAGGGCAGAAAGGAUUCCUUUCCUUAUUAAAGGACUUCGGUGUUUCACGGAAUGAGUGCUCUUCCCAAUCUACACUCACAAGAUGAAACCAGUGUUCAGUGAAUGAGGAAAACAGCUUCGAAUGAGGAGGGAUUUCUCUUCAUAGAUUUCUCUUCAAUUCACAAUCGGAUGAUGGUCCUACAGGUAGAUCCCGCUGGAAGCCCACAUCUGAGGCCAGAGCUAAGCUGUCUGAACACAGCAGGUUUUUAAGAAGAUUUGAAAGGCUGCACCUGCACUCAUCGCACUGGACCUCUUUGGCAAUGACUUCUGGAUUGCAAAUAAACUACCCCUCGGUUGGGUAAUGCAGCUGGAAACUCACCCUGCCGCAGAGGCGUGGCUCACAUCAGGACCCAGGUGCAUAGUGAGAGACGCACAGCCAUGGGUCCUGCAAUGUUGAUAGCUUUUAGUUCGUGGAAAUGCUUGCUAUUGCUGAUGGCCCUUACAUGUUUGGAAGCAUCAUCUUAUGUUAAUGAGUCCUCCAGUCCCACUGGCCAGCAGGCACCCGAUGCUCGGUUUGCUGCUUCCAUCUCAGACCCCGAUGAAAGGAUAUCUGUUUUUGAAUUGGAUUAUGACUAUGUUCAAAUCCCUUAUGAAGUCACCCUCUGGAUACUCCUCGCAUCUCUUGCAAAGAUAGGUUUUCAUCUUUACCAUAGGUUGCCGCACCUCAUGCCAGAGAGCUGCCUCCUCAUCAUCGUGGGAGCCUUGGUGGGCAGCAUCAUUUUUGGCACCCACCACAAAUCGCCUCCGGUCAUGGAUUCAAGCAUUUACUUCCUCUACCUCCUCCCACCCAUCGUGUUGGAGAGCGGCUACUUCAUGCCCACCAGGCCCUUCUUUGAGAACAUUGGCUCCAUCCUGUGGUGGGCAGGCCUGGGGGCCCUGAUCAAUGCUUUUGGCAUUGGGCUCUCUCUCUACUUCAUUUGUCAGAUCAAGGCGUUCGGCCUUGGUGACAUCAACCUGCUACAGAAUCUGCUAUUUGGCAGCCUGAUCUCGGCAGUGGACCCCGUGGCUGUGCUGGCUGUUUUUGAGGAGGCGCGUGUGAAUGAGCAGCUUUACAUGAUGAUCUUCGGGGAGGCCCUGCUCAAUGAUGGAAUCAGCGUGGUCUUAUACAACAUUCUAAUCGCCUUCACUAAGAUGCAUAAAUUUGAGGACAUAGAAGCGGUGGACAUUUUGGCCGGAUGUGCCAGAUUCGUCAUCGUGGGGUGCGGGGGAGUAUUUUUCGGCAUCAUUUUUGGAUUCAUUUCCGCAUUUAUCACACGUUUCACUCAGAACAUCUCUGCGAUCGAGCCUCUCAUCGUCUUCAUGUUCAGCUAUCUGUCUUACUUAGCAGCCGAGACGCUUUAUCUCUCCGGAAUCCUGGCCAUCACAGCUUGUGCAGUGACAAUGAAAAAUGCGUGGAAGAGAAGCGUGUCCCAGGCGUCGUACCCGACCAUCAAAUACUUCAUGAAGAUGCUGAGCAGCGUGGGUGAGACCCUGAUCUUCAUCUUCAUGGGCGUGUCCACCGUUGGGAAGAACCAUGAGUGGAACUGGGCUUUCGUCUGCUUCACCCUGGCCUUCUGCCAGAUCUGGAGAGCCAUCAGCGUGUUUACCCUCUUCUAUGUCAGUAACCAGUUUCGGACUUUCCCCUUCUCCAUCAAGGACCAGCUCAUAAUUUUCUACAGCGGUGUGAGAGGAGCAGGAAGUUUCUCCCUUGCCUUUUUGCUUCCUCUGUCCCUUUUCCCUAGGAAGAAGUUGUUUGUUACUGCAACUUUAGUAGUUACGUACUUUACUGUAUUUUUCCAGGGGAUCACAAUUGGCCCACUGGUCAGGUACCUGGAUGUCAGAAAGACCAAUAAAAAAGAGUCCAUCAAUGAAGAGCUUCACAUCCGUCUUAUGGAUCAUCUGAAGGCUGGGAUUGAAGAUGUGUGUGGGCAGUGGAGUCACUACCAAGUGAGAGAUAAGUUCAAGAAGUUUGACCAUAGAUAUUUGCGGAAAAUUCUAAUCCGGAGGAACCAGCCAAAGUCAAGCAUUGUUUCUUUGUAUAAGAAGCUGGAGAUGAAACAGGCCAUCGAGAUGGUAGAGACUGGGCUACUGAGCUCUGUGGCUUCUCCCACACCCUAUCAGUCUGAGAGGAUACAGGGAAUCAAGCGACUUUCCCCCGAAGACGUGGAGUCCAUGCGGGACAUUCUGACGAGAAACAUGUACCAAGUUCGGCAAAGAACUCUGUCCUACAACAAAUACAACCUCAAACCCCAAACAAGUGAGAAGCAGGCCAAAGAGAUCCUGAUCCGCCGCCAGAACACCUUGAGGGAGAGCCUGCGGAAAGGCCAGAGUCUGCCCUGGGGAAAGCCAGCAGGCACCAAGAACUUCCGAUAUCUCUCCUUCCCUUACAGCAAUCCUCAGCCAGCAAGGAGAGGGGCAAGGGCUGCUGAAUCCACAGAUGAUGAUGGUGCUGACCCAGGAUUCCAGCCCUUGAUGCUCAGCGCACACUCGAGAGUAGGGUCCCUUCAGGAAAGGCGACCAACAGAAUCAAUGAUUCCGAUGAAGAGGCUGCAGAGAGGAGAGAAGGCGCUUAGCUUCAGUUACCGAAGCAACACCAGCCGGGAGGAACAGGCCAGUUGGCACAGGAUGAAUGUCCUCCGACCCAAGCCGCUGUUCUAUGCAGUGGACGAGGAGUAUGACUCUGGAGAGCAGACAGAGGAGGAGACCUCAGCAACCCUGUCCAGAUGGACAGCUGAGCACAGACGCUGCAGAGAGCACCACAAGUCCCACAGUCCUUUGCUCCAUAGGAAAUAGCUCAUCGUCCCACAGUCCUUUGCUC